GUUUUCCACUGCCACGAGCGAACGCGUUGAUGAUGUUGCCACCUAGAACACCUUGGGGCUCGAUCCCUGGCUUGCUUCCCCCGAUCUGCGACCUUUCUCUUCCCGGCAGCCGCAGCAGUAGCAGGCGGUAGGUGCGAAGACGGUGCACCUCGCGCGCCGCCCGCAUCUUGUGGCGUUAAAAACGACGGACGGGUGCUGCUGGUAAUACCCUGGGCCUCUCCACCAUUCUGCGUGAUCCACUCUUCGUUGAAGACACUCACUCGUCUGCUUCAGCCCCCAUGCGUUCUCGAUUGCGUCCCAUCGCUCCUUCGCAACGGAAUUGCCCGCCGUCACAUGUGCCUUUAUCGUCCCGAAGUGACGGUCAAGAAUCAGUCCUCGUUGUUUCAACUUCGAGAGUUUGCCAAGGUCCUUCAACAACUCAUGGGAUAAGGGGUUGGACAGGGACAUGAUCACCCUGCACGGCAGGCAACUCGUGGCACGCUGCACCACGUUGCGUGGUAAAUUAAAGAAUCU